AUGCAAGAUAACUUGGGAAUCUUGUCUUUCCCAGUUGGUUCGUACAUUGUGGCGACUGCCUCUCGACUUCGUCAGAGCGACUCAAGCUCCGGUGAGCUUGUUUUGAGUAAGGUCGAGCGGGAUGAACUGAAAGUAAGGUUGCUGGAGUUAGAGGGAGAGAAACGGUCAUUUGAGGAGCGAUAUGAUGUUUUGGCAGGGGAGAAAGCGUCUUUGCAGGACCAGUUGGAGGAGGAGAUUGCAAGGAGAAAGGUUGUAGAGGAGGAUUUGGGGUGGUUACUUCAAAAGGGCAUAGUUCGGGUGGUGGAUAAGGUUGUUAAGAGCGCUGAGUUUUCAUUGGGGGUUAGGCAGAUAAAGAUGGCGUGUGUGGCUAUCGGUGUGGAGAAUGGCAAGCAGGUGAUUCUGGAGCAGGUUGUCGAUAGAAUUGUCUUCAGGGAACCAGACACUACUGUGGAGCAUGCUCAGGUGAUGCAUGCUACUGUAAAAAUCUUUCAUGGAGACAGACUUUACCUCCUACAUUUUCCUGGGUAA